UCAUUGGGAAAGGAAAGGUCACUCCUAAGUCCAAAUAAAUCAAAUACUGACUGUUAUCAUUGUAAACAUCGUUAUGUCAAGUACGAGUAUGGAAGCAUCGGGUUUAAAACACGAACUGACUGAGAGUAGUAGAACAGAACUAGAGGUUGAUGAAGAGACAUCACCUAGGCUAGUUGCUGUAGUUGGUUGUGAAACACCUUUACAGAAAAGUAAAUUACAAAAAAAAAGGGAACAGAAACAGACACAAAAUAAUUUUCCACAAGAUAAUAAAAGGAGUUCUAGUUCCCAUCAGAUAGCAUUGUACAAACCUGGAUAUAACCAGGAACUUUCCUUUGAAAUGGUUAAUAAUAAUGAUGAGACAUUACAAUGUCUAAGCCUUGGAAAUAUGCCUCUCAGGGAGCGUCAAAUUGUGAAGGAAAGGAGAAAAAAACAGGUUGAUGAAGAGACAUCACCUAGGCUAGUUGCUGUAGUUGGUUGUGAAACACCUUUACAGAAAAGUAAAUUACAAAAAAAAAGGGAACAGAAACAGACACAAAAUAAUUUUCCACAAGAUAAUAAAAGGAGUUCUAGUUCCCAUCAGAUAGCAUUGUACAAACCUGGAUAUAACCAGGAACUUUCCUUUGAAAUGGUUAAUAAUAAUGAUGAGACAUUACAAUGUCUAAGCCUUGGAAAUAUGCCUCUCAGGGAGCGUCAAAUUGUGAAGGAAAGGAGAAAAAAACAGCUUAAAAUUGUUGAAGAAGAACAAUUUAAAGAAGUAAUAAGGGAUGCAAUUUUUUCGCAUGACAAAAAAAUUGCAUCGCUGGAAAGUGAAAAUGAUGAACUUCGUAAGGAGAACGAAAGGGUCAAAAGCGAAAAUAAAGAAUUAAAGCUUAUGAAAAAGAAUUCUAACGAGGAGAGAGGUAUAUUGCAAAAGACGACUGAAGAGAUCGGAGAUAAGGAUGCACAAAUUCAAUCAUUAAAAAAGAAAAUGACGAAUGUCAUGAAAAUAAAUGAAGCCUUGGUGGACAAAAAUGAGGACCUAGUAGAAGAGAACGAGAACUUGCGAGAAACCCUGGUACGUGAGAUAAACGAAAGACAACUUGAUAUGUUAACAAAUCAGGAUAAUGUUCAGCGUUUGGAGGAGGAAAAAUCUUCUCUUACUAAAAUUGUGGCUGAUCUUGAACAAAAGUCAGACGAGCUAACUGUUGCCCAACAACAAAACACAACAAUGAAACAAAAGAUAGAAGAACUAGAGGGUAAAAUGUUGCGUAUGGCACAAGAAAGUAUGGAUAUGCAGCUUCGGCUACGUACAAUGAACUUUAUCCAAGAUGAAUUACAAAAUGAGAUACUUGAACUCGAAGAACAGUGUACAAAUUUGGAGGAAAAGGUUCAUGAAGAAGAGCAAAAAAACUUAGUAAUGCAAGAAGAGAUAUAUCAUUUAAAAUUGGAAUUACAAGAGGGUAACAGCCAUUGGCUUAAAAGCCAAAAAGAUCUAGAGUCAGUGCUGGAACAUAAUGAUCAAUUGAAAAAGGAACUUGAUCAGUCACAAAAAAUGUUUGCAUCAAAAUUGAUAACAUUUUGCGUGAAGUAG